GUCCAACCUCAAAGUCCUCUCCAGAGCCACUUCAACUACCCAGCUGCAGCAUGUCCCCAGGCCCCAAGGGGAGCUUAUUGCAUGGGAUCAGUGCCCAGGAGAGACACGAAGGCCUGAAGGGAGACUGUAGACGAAACUAUAAUGGGCAGCAUCUCCUCACCACCUUCACGUAAGAAAGGCCGCCGUGCAAACAUUCUUAUGUGUUUGCACCUCCAUAAGGGAAUAUCAUGGUGAUGAAGGAGGAACGAAGCACAGUGGCCACCUGUAGAGGUCAAAGCCAAGGGCAAGAGACAGAUGAGGAGUGGGCUAGGGUGACACGCUUCGGUCUAUGCCUUCUCACGGGGCUCUUACGCCAACCCAUAUGAAUGGUGACUUAUUCAAAAAGCGUAAAAUGAUAUAAAAUGAAAGGCACACUUAAAAAUCAGAUUAGCUGUGUGGACCUGGAAGACAGUGACGUAGCGAGCACGGGCAAGAUGCAGGGUCUCUGAUCCGGUGCUGGACAGCGAGAAGGGGCUUUAAAUUGGCCACACCACACCCAGGCUUGUUUGUGGAUGCACAUAGACACUGCACACUGGUGUCAACUCUAGAGAAGCUGAGAUGGAGACCACUGGGCCUGGUUGGGGCAGGACCCAGAGAUGAGGACGGGGCAGCAGAGGGUCGCAGAGCGGGAAUGGCCUCGGGAGCCUGGUGUGCUGGGACCGACGCAGGAUGGGAGCCGGGCCGGAAGGCUGUGCCUCUGGAGGAAGGGACCCACCGAGGUACUGAGCAGGGCCAUCCGGCCUGGGGCUUCUCUGUCCACCGCGGAAGAGACACCGAGGACACCCAGCAGCAGUGACAUCCUGCGGUCUCGCAACCGAGUGGCUAGGGGAGCCAGCCGAGGAAGGCCAGCCGGGAAAGUUUCUCGGCUUUCUGUGUCACUCCAUUCAGGUCUGGGGGAAACCUAUACUUCGAUUUUUUUCCAUUCUUUUUUUCUUUCCAUCACACACAUCAAUGCAAACACAGUUACACACAUACAACGCACGCGCAUGCACGUGCACACACGUACACCUCUUGGCAUCAAAGGGCUCCUCUGGAACAAGCAUUUCUCUGAUUCAGCUCCCUGGGAGGGAGAGCAGCACAGAGGGACGAAGGAGCCAAGCAAGCCACUGAGCUUCUCUUACUUCCCUUUAAGGCUGCCUGGUUACAGUCCUGGGGAAGAAAACCCCUGCACUCCUCCCCUUUAAUCGGGCUUAUUGUUAAGCACUGGAGCAGCUAAUCCUCACAGACCUGUAGGAGCCGGAGACCCAGCACCUGGAGCUUGCUUCUUGGGCUCCUGAUUCCUCCGAAUCCCUGGGGAGCAUCGCAUCCAGGAGGCGCGGAGGACCCUUCCCGGGUGGACUGAGCUUCUCCCUGGGGCGCAGCCUUCCAGCGUGCCCCGAGGUGCUCACCUUGCUGCCCCGCCAGCCUCCGUUUGUCCUUGCCCGACUAUGAGGCCGCGACUGCUCCUGCCUUGUACACAUCUGGACCGGAUCACACUGGACACGUUUGGAUUGUAAGCGACCCCAGCAGCUUCAACUCUGGAGGCGAUGGGUCGGAAGGCAGAAGAGGACUGCAGCUCCUGGAAGAAGCAGACCACCAACAUCCGGAAGACCUUCAUCUUCAUGGAGGUGCUGGGGUCAGGAGCGUUCUCAGAAGUGUUCCUGGUGAAGCAGAGGGUGACCGGGAAGCUCUUCGCCCUGAAGUGCAUCAAGAAGUCGCCUGCCUUCCGGGACAGCAGCCUGGAGAACGAGAUCGCUGUGUUGAAGAAGAUCAAGCACGAGAACAUUGUGACGCUGGAGGACAUCUACGAAAGCAGCACUCACUACUACCUGGUCAUGCAGCUUGUUUCCGGCGGGGAGCUCUUUGACCGGAUCCUGGAGCGAGGUGUCUACACGGAGAGGGACGCCAGCCUGGUGAUCCGGCAGGUCCUGUCGGCAGUGAAGUACCUGCACGAGAACGGCAUCGUGCACAGAGACUUGAAGCCGGAGAACCUGCUCUACCUCACCCCUGAGGAGAACUCGAAGAUCAUGAUCACAGACUUCGGUCUGUCCAAGAUGGAGCACAGUGGGGUCAUGUCCACGGCGUGCGGGACCCCAGGCUAUGUGGCUCCGGAAGUGCUGGCCCAGAAGCCCUACAGCAAGGCUGUGGACUGCUGGUCCAUCGGCGUCAUCACCUACAUCCUGCUAUGUGGCUACCCUCCUUUCUACGAAGAGACUGAGUCUAAGCUUUUUGAGAAGAUCAAAGAAGGCUACUAUGAGUUCGAGUCUCCGUUCUGGGAUGACAUUUCUGAGUCAGCCAAGGAUUUUAUCUGCCACCUGCUGGAGAAGGACCCGAGUGAGCGGUACACCUGUGAGAAGGCCCUGAGGCACCCCUGGAUUGGCGGCAACGCGGCCCUGCACCGGGACAUCUACCCCUCGGUCAGCCUUCAGAUCCAGAAGAACUUUGCCAAGACCAAGUGGCGGCAAGCCUUCAAUGCGGCGGCCGUGGUGCACCACAUGCGGAAGCUGCACAUGAACCUGCACAGCCCUGGCGGCCGUCCCGAGGCUGAGCACCGGCCACCCCCGCCCCCGCCCUGUGGAGCCAGCGGGCCCAGCUCCCCUGAAAUCACAGUCACCGAGGUGCCGGCCCCCGACCCAGGCCUGCCCCUCCCCACACUGGUGCAGCUGCCCUGCAGGCCCGGCCCCCGGCCAGCGGCCCCCAGCGGCAGGUCCCUCAACUGCCUGGUCAACGGCUCCCUGCACAUCAGCAGCAGCCUGGUGCCCAUGCAGCAGGGCCCACUGGCCUCCGGGCCCUGCGGCUGCUGCUCCAGCUGCCUGAGCAUCGGGGGCAAAGGGAAGUCCUCCUACUGCUCCGAGCCCAUGCUGCUCAGAAAGGCCAACCGGAAACAGAACUUCAAGUCCGAGGUCAUGGUGCCAGUUAAAGCCAGUGGCAGCUCCCACUGCCGGGCAGGGCAGACGGGGGCCUGUCUCAUCAUGUGAUCCCUGGAGCCACUGAGUGUGGGGCUGUGGUCCAGGAGACUUCAGCUCUUCUCUGCCCUCCCAGCCCUGGCCUCUACCUACAGAGGGAGGAGACAGAGCCAGCGGCGCAGGGCCUGGCAGGAGCAUUUGCCGGAAGCAGCAGCCACCUGGAGGCCCAGGAGGGGCGAGGCCUGGAGGCUCCUCGAAGCUUGGAGGAAGCUGCGGGCGGGGGGAGCAGCGUUUCUGACCUGCCUGCCCCACACCCUGUGAGCCAUCCUCUGCACAGUGUACGUAGAUAGCGCUCGCCUGGGUCUUGUUUCUCGUGAGAAGCUUCGUGGGCUGGCCAGGCUGUGCCACCUUCUCCAAGCAAAGCCAUACAGAGCUUCUGCUCUGAGUCCCCGCUCUGCUCACGCUUGCUCCUGCCUCCUGGCCUCCCGGCCAGAGGCCACACCAGGCUCCCUACUGCAGCUUCUGCCCCGCAUGAGCGCCAGGCAGCUCCAGUCCUAACCUCCAGCACUCACCCACAACACCUGGGAUCCCUUCCUGCCACCUCAGCCUCAAGGCAGGGCUACCCUCCAAAGGUGGGGCAGAAGGAAUCCAGGGUGGGGCCCCCAGAACUUCUCCAUCCGGCCACGCCCCCACAUAUGCCAAAGGCGGACCCCUUUCCUCUAAGCCAGGAGGGCCCAUCCUGCCUCUGUCCCCCUUUCUGUCCCUGAAAGUCAGGUGUAUCGUCCUGAUCCUAUCCCAGUUCUCCUGCUCCCAAGCCCUCCAGCUUCAUGCUCGGUGUUGUGCUUAAUAAAGUGAACAUAUUUUUCUCUA